GAUUGAUUCAGUUGGUUGUUUUUGAAGUUGACAUCGCUAGAGGGAGACAUUUUAUUAAUCCUGAUCUCAGCACAGAGUCGUCUGCACAAAGCUGUCUAUUAUGUAGUCUAGCCUUCAUCAGCCCGUUUGCUGUAUAUUGUCGCUUAAGACGCAAGAGGACCUACUGCGUCAUGUUGAGAAAGGAGAAGAAUGGAGCCGGGACGUCCCAACUUAAACCAGACGAUCCUCUGAUAAAAUUGGGGGUCCAGGACGAUGACGAUGUGAAGACAAUGCUGCAGGGCUCCUCUAUGACGAAGGUGCGUUCUCCACGCUGGAAGAGGAAGCGCAUGCUAAAGCUGUUAAAUGAUGGAGUCACCGUUUGGUGUGAAUCCAACAAGGCCACCAACAAAGCCAAAACUCAACAGUCCUUCUCUGUGAUGGAAGUGGAGUGCGUGUGGGAGGGCUGUAAGUCUGAGACGUUGAGAAACCUGGCCACCUCACUCCCAGAAGAUCAGUGUCUCACCAUUUUGUUCAAAGGAGGGAGGAAGAGCUUGGAUCUCCAGUGUGACACAAAAGAGGAAGCCCAGCACUGGGUCAGUGGCAUUCGAACCCUCCAGGGCAGAGUCAACAACAUGACCCAGAAAGAGAAACUCGACAAUUGGAUCUAUGGCUACCUGAAACAAGCUGAUAUGAACAAAGAUGGCAAGAUGUCAUACAAGGAGGUCCAGAUCCUUUUCAAGAUGAUCAACAUAGACCUGAAUGACGAAUAUGCUGCCAACCUCUUUAAGAAGUGUGAUAAAUCAGGAGACGGACGGCUUGAACAUGAGGAAAUUGAGUUGUUUUGCCGUGAGUUGCUACGUCGGCCUGAGCUGGAUGCAGUGUUUCAGCAGUACUCUGCUAAUGGUUGUGUCCUCUCCACCGUGGAUUUGCGAGAAUUCCUGAAAGACCAGGGCGAGGACCACACACUUGUGCAUGCUCAGAGCCUUAUUCUCAACUAUGAGCUCAAUGAAUGGGCCCAGAAGAACCAGUUUAUGACACCCAAUGGUUUCACCAUGUACAUGCUGUCUAAGGAGAAUGAUGUGUAUAACCCAGAGCACGGCAGAGUCUACCAGGACAUGAGCCGCCCACUCAGUCACUACUUUAUCUCCUCCUCACACAACACCUACCUCACUAAAGACCAACUCAUCAGCGAGAGCAGUGUUCAAGCUUAUAUCAGAGCUCUAAGACAAGGCUGCCGCUGUGUGGAGCUUGACUGCUGGGAUGGGGAAAAGGAGCCAGUUAUUUACCAUGGGCACACCCUCACAUCCAAAGUGCCAUUUAGCGAGGUGGUGAAGGUCAUUGCUGAAUAUGCUUUCAAGACUUCUCCAUAUCCUCUUAUUCUGUCUCUGGAGAACCACUGCUGUGUGGAGCAGCAGACAAUCAUGGCCCAACAGCUGCGGUCAAUUCUGGGAGACAAACUGCUCACCACACCUAUCAAUGACAAGCUGCUUCAGUGGCUACCAUCACCAGAGGACCUAAAAGGGAAGAUCUUGAUAAAAACAAAGAAGAUCAAAGUGAAGCAGGACAGCUCCAGCUCUGACUCAAGCUCCUCAGACGAUGAAUCUAAAGCUGAAAGCAAACCUAAAGCAGGGAAGGACUGUAAGUUGAGUCCAGAGCUGUCUGAUCUGGUGGUGUACACCCGCAGUGUUGCCUUCAAACAAUUUGAUCCAUCUGCUAAGAAACCUCCCAAUGAGAUGUCCUCUUUCUCUGAGAGUGAUGCAUUAAAACUAAUCAAAGAAUCAGGCAAGUUGUUUGUACGUCACAACAGCUUGCAAUUGAGCAGGAUCUACCCAUCUGGUCAGCGGGUGCAAUCCUCCAACUACAAUCCUCAAGACAUGUGGAAUGCUGGUUGUCAGAUGGUGGCAUUAAACUUUCAAACCCAAUGUGAAGAGAUGGAUAUAAACAGAGGCCGUUUUUUACCAAAUGGCCGCUGUGGCUAUGUGCUAAAACCAAGCUUUAUGUGCCAGCCUGAUUCAGAGUUUAACCCGGAAAACACUGGGGGAGGCCCUGGCCACAACCCAACCCUGCUCACUAUCAAGGUGAUUUCAGCUCAGCAGCUGCCUAAACCUGACAAAGAGAAGCUCAGCUCCAUCGUGGACCCUCUUGUAUGGGUGCAGACUUAUGGGGUUCCAAUAGACAACAACACAAAGAAGACGCACCGCAUUGACAAUAAUGGCUUUAACCCCAGAUGGGACUGCACCUUUAAGUUCCAGCUUCAUGUGCCAGAACUGGUAUUAGUACGUUUUAUGGUUGAGGACCAUGACUACGCCACCAGAAAUGAUUUUCUGGGCCAGUUUACACUUCCUUUCACAAGCAUGCGGACAGGUUACAGACAUGUGCAUCUGCUGAAAGGAGACGGCUCUUACAUGUCUCCCUCCAGUCUCUUCAUCCAUGUUGAAAUCACACCUGGCUACAGCAGCCCUACCAGACAAGCAGGCACACAUAGUACCUGAGAAUAAAGUGUGCAGUUAAAGCUUCUGAAGUCCCCUUAUCUUGGAAUUUGCACCAUCUUUGUGAUCCAAAAUUGCCACCACUUUGUGAGAGUUAUAUGUUAUUAAAAAAUGAUGCAGAAGCAAUUUCACACUGUAAAAAAGGAGUAUAUUUGUCUUGUUUACCAGUAAAAAUAACUAUUUUUUAUCUACAGAGAAACAAAAUAGGGGAAAAAAAAGAUACUUUGCUAUUUUAAAUUUGAUUCUAUAAAAUACUGAGAAGCGGUUUUAUGUGUGCACACUUUGGGUGUGAGCACAAAAUCUGUGGGAAUGAGUAAAAUUAUGCGCAAUACAUGCAUUCCCACGCCGAAAUUCAAGACCUGUAACACAAACAAUAUUCAUCUGGAGCAAAUGAAACAAGUGCGUGAGGGGAGGUGGGUUUGUGUGUCAACUUGCUGUCGGAGAGAAGAGAAAGCGAGAAAGUGCAGCUGGUAUCGUAUUUAUUCUGUGGAAAAUUAGUAUGGGAAGCGUUUCAGAUAUUUCAGUAUUGAUAUGUAUCGAAAAAGCUAUAUUUUUGACAAUACUACUGUAGCAAAUUAGCUCAAAAAGGAAAUAUGAAUAAUUAUAACUCGUUAUAAUUAAUUAUAAAUAUUUGGAUCAGUUAAUCUAAUUAACUUGAUGUAGCUGAAUUAAUAUUACAAUCAAUUAAACUGUUAGUUUGACAAACACUCAGUAUUGAUAAAAGAGGAUAUUUUACUUGGCCACAGAAAAGUAACUCUCAAAGGGGUUCACAACUUAUACAAAACUGCUAUUUAGUUAGUUAAUUGUAUGAUACUUGCAUUGCCUUAGCUGUAGAACGAGCGUCCGGAUAUGCUGUCUCAGAAGAAUGUCUUGAUGGUUUGGUCCAGUGGUGCAAGUUGCAAUCGAUUUUUUCAGUGUUGAAUAAAUAAAUUAGUGAUGUUAGUCUAACUCUGUUACUGUUGAGAAAGUUACAAUAGCCGUAUCUUGAGGCCUGUUGGCGUGGCUGCACCGGCUCUGGGGCCUGGUGAAGUACAUGAACAGCAUUACAUUAUCUAGUGGUUUUGUCAUAAAGCAUGCAUAAAACGGUAUACAGUACAAAAGACACUAUACAAGACAGUAAUGAUCCUACACGUUGGCCAGGUUUCACAGACAAGGCUUAGAUUAAACCAAGAGUAGGCCUUAGUCCAUUUAGGGCAUUUAAGUAGCUUUUAUAAACGUGCCUUAGAAAAAAAACAUUACUGACGUGCAUCUUGAGACAAAACAAUGGCACUGACAUAUUUUAAGAUAUGUCAGUGCAAGUUGCUUUCAGUUAAGAUAGCUCAAACAUGCAUUUUAAUCUGGGACUAGGCUUAAACCUUGUCUGUGAAACCGGCCAACAAUGUCCUAAAGAUAUGCAUGUUCAUUUAUAGAACAGUUUGUCUAUAAAUUAAUGAAGAAAAAUCUGUUU